UGUUUGCGGAAGUGGGCGCUGGGCGGUUGGAGGGAGGUUUAAACUGCGGAUGAUGAAGAUUAAACAGUGAAAAACGGACGGAAUCUCCGCACAGGAGCGCCUUAUGAAGCGUCAUAACGCAGCGGAGACCAGUCGGUGAGAACGGUACAGAGCGCGAGGCUAAGGUCGGCUUCUCAGGAGACGAUUCGGCUCCACCUUAAACGGCGCUCCGCUGCUGCAGCACUUAAGGUGGACCGGGGCAUUCGAAUAAGAAUCUCGAUGGAGCUUCGCUGUGACUCUAAGAUAGAUGAGAUGAGAUAAGAUAGGCCUGUAUUAGUGCCACAGCGGGGACAUUCACAGCGCUACAACACAGAGAAGACCACAGGCACAGAGAGGAUUAAGCUCCAUAUUAACCUUUAUUCAUUUAUUAACAAGGUGAAGCACCAUCUGUUCGUGUGUCCAGCAGGUGAUGACCAUGCAGAGUGCACUGUUUGGGGAGACAGUGAUGCAGAUCACCACGCCCCCUCUCCCUUUAAGCCCCGCCCCUCUUCCACCCCAGUGCCCAGAGCUCGACCUGUCGGUCACAUUCAGCCCGGAACGCCCCGAACGUUCGGUGGCUUCAAAAGGAGUUCUGAAGAAAGGGCGCACACACACACGACCACGACAGGUGCGCUUUGAUGUGAGCCCAGACUCCCGUGCUAAACUCCCCGGACCCCACAGAGCGCGCUCAGCAGAACAGCAUGCUGUCACCACGUCAGCUCCACAGCCCUGCAGCAGCCAAUCAGCUGCUGAGAAACCUCAGAGUGAGGGAAAACAGGGUCCACACACAAAUGGAAGGCGUGGCCAUCUCCUUUCCGACAUUUCAGCUCAGACUGACGGACAGCUGGAGGACGGGGCGGAGCUUAACACCACUCUGGCUUUGAGGGCAGAACUACAGCAGCUGAAGGAGGCGGAGUUUGACUCCCAGAAGGCCGUGCAGGAGAAACUGCAGAACUCUACAGUCACUCAGGAGUACAUCAGAGCCAAAGCAACAGAAGGUAAAGGUCAAAGGUCACGGAUGCAUCUCUAUUGAUCAGAAAAGCCAUUUUGACACUGCAUUAGAUUUUAAUCCAGUAUGAAUCUGCAGUGUGUGUAGUUUUACAGUCUGACUGUAAUAAUUGUGGA